AUGCCCUCAAAACUUUCGAGUUCCGAAGUAUACAAGGAUUACCGAACUACUUCAAAGCAUCUAGCGUACUUGGCUCCUCCGAACGAAGCUGACAAGGAUAUUUUGGCCCUCGAUAUCCCAUUGUUAUAUCUACUACCUCGAGAUAUAACUCCAAGUUUUUUCACGCCUACAUGGGAUGCCUCUCUAGUUCAUAUGCUUGUGGUGGAUUUUACUGGAGGUGGUUUGCCUUCAGCAGAGUUGAGGUGCUCCAUAUCCUUCUUCAUACCCAUCCAAUCCUUUGACUUGCUACCCUUAUAUCGCCAGUUCCGUGAACCGGCACACGAAACCCAUACUUCACGCGAUAGACAUACGGAAGCCCUAUUUACGCUUCCAGUUACAUGUGCCGGACCCCAAGACCAAUUUUCAGUGGAUCUCAAAGUGCGGGCCAAUCCAAUGCUCAACAAGCGUGUGAAAGGCUUGACGUUGAAGCUGAUAUCUGUCAAACUAAAAGAGGUGCUAGAAUGUUUCGAUGGGGGACUCCCAGCCCACAAGGAAGUGGAACUUCUAACCUUUUCCAAGGAUUACGAUAAGCUUCUCACUACAGAAGGUGUCUCAGAAACGCUUUCUUUUGUUUUCCCGUCUGAGAACGACUGGCUCGCUUUAUAUGACAGUUCUUACAGGUUUGAAGAAGGCACUGUGGCCAAUGCUUCCGCCACCUUCAUCCGGGACGAAAAACUAUACCAAGCCUAUUGCAGGCAUUCCGCUCACUAA